ACUCUUCUUUGAUACUCUUUCUCUUACUUUCUUCCUUUCCAUUAAUGACACAAAGCCACUCAACUCUACUCCUCUUCAAUUCAAUACCAUCAAGAACAAAGACUUCACCAUGGAUUUCCACGCUUCUUCUGCUCAAGAUCGAACUCUCAAUAUCGAUUCUGCAGGAGAUGAGGGUUCUUAUAGAAGGGUAGUCAAUGAGAUGAACCUCUUUCCUCAAGAUCAUAACGAAACGUCGACCUUGCUUCAUGCCAACAAAGAAACAGCUCCCAUUCAUGACCGAGAUGAGCAAGAAAUAAUCGAGCUCGAUGUCAAUACUUGUUUAAAUCUCUCUACGAUUAGCAUGAGUAGUGAGACGGAUCAGAUUUCAGUCAUCCGGGCAGACUUGAAGAAGAUGAAUACUGAGAAUCAACGUUUAAAGAGCUUGCUUAAUCAAGCCAACAAUAACUACCGUGCAUUACUGAUGCAUUUAUACACAUUUAUGCAAGCUCAGCAUGUCUUAAGACAUGGAAGAUUUCAAACUCCUGAGAUGGCGAAGAGGAUUGAAGGAGUCAGUGUUGCAAGGCAGUUUAUGGAUCUGGGUCAAGCUGGAAAAGAUCAUCAUGAACUUGCUCAAUCUUCUAUAUCGCCAGAAAAUAUCAUAGUUGAGUCCAUGGAAGCACAGAAGAUUAACGAAAUUGUUGCAGUUGAUCGUUUGGAUAAUAGAGAAGAGAGCCCAGAACGAGUUCAUCCAUCUGGGUGGAUUUCAAACAAAGUUCGCAAGUUUAAUUCUUCACAGACAAUGACGAUCAGAAAAGCCCGAGUCUCAGUUCGAGUUCGAUCAGAAGCGGCUAUGGUGAGUAUUAAACAAGUUUCAAGAUCAAAUUUUCAUAGGAGGGUGUAUAAAUACUGUUUAGAAACAUCAUCUCCUUUGACAAUAAUUUCAUAA